AUGUCAAUUUUUACACCUCCCGAAUCGCCAAGGAAGCGACGAAAACAUCAACGCGAGUCUAGAGAAACGGAUGGUGAUAUGAAAAUCGGCCAAUACAUCUACCGAUCUGAUCCCUAUCGAACGACGAGUGUUGAGAAUCCCUCUCCAUACCCGUUUUCCGUGGUCCCUCUUGCUCCUCAAGAAGAGGACAGAACACUCCCACUCCACCCAGUCAUCCCCCAGAUCCUACAGUCCCACGGGUUCUCAACAGUAUCGUUCGCGUGUAUGCACGGUUCAACCUUUGAUAAUGCUGGAGCCCAGGUCACGACAGAUCUUCUACGUGUUGUUUUGACUACGGAGGACUCCAUGCCAGAUAGCAUCGGGGCUGUCAAGGACCACCUUGUCAGACUCCUACAGCAGCAUCGGAUUCAGAACGUUCACGUCGAGAUUCUGAAUAUCGAUUUGUGUCAUAAACCUUCGCUGGCCUACUUACCACUUGACAACCCACUUGCAAUGGCCUACGAAAAGACAAAAGUGACAGUCGCCAAUCUUCUGCGCAGAGAGAUUCCAGGCCGGUGGCAUUUGGUUUGUGCAUUUGAUAUAAGCAGUCGAGCCGAAAAGCAGCGGCCUGCUGUGGUGGUUAUCGUAUCGCCAAAUACCUCAGCGAACUGGUUUGGGCUCCGGGGGAAUAUUGCUGCGAUCCUUGCGCCUCACGUUAGCGAAAUUGAAAUCGAGUUUCUGCCUGGGGACAUCCAGCCAUUGGCUUAUAAAGAAGUCUCUGUGCUGGAUCGCAUGAAAGUCGAGGGUGACCCAGGGAUAGGCCACAAAGGAUUCCUGACAAAUUACCAUGUCGUGAGGCCUAAAACGCCGAAAGACUUUGUGACAGACCUUGACCGGCUUGGCUGCUCACUUGGUUCAAAGCAAGGGCAGCAUAUUCAGAUGGAAUAUCCCUCUCACGUCGAUCACAACUAUACACUGGGAGAUCUACAUCGGAGAUUGUCCAAUUUGCGAUCCCAGCAAUGGAGACAAGGUUCUAUGUCGCCCGUUGUGGCUCAGCAGUUCGUCGCCCAAGCCCAGCGCUCCGAGGCUACUUUGACACAGAAGGGCCAGAUUUUGCACCGUUUGCCUGCUGUUUUAGGUGAUGUUUUCAUCACGUCCGGAAAGGCAAUCGAAAAUAGGCAUGUGCAAGACUGGGCUUUUGUGAAGAUGCCACCUGAAAGUUCUUUCUUUGGCCUGAACCUGAUGUUCAAGAUACCUCCACAUCUUACACCGGACAAAUAUUUACCACACGCCACAUCCACAACGAUUGAAGAAGACACCGUGCUAUCGUCAAUCAACAAAUUGAUCCCUGGAGCAUUCUGCACAAAGAUUGGUCGCACAACUGGCGUCACAGCCGGGGUGUGCAAUGGCGCUAAGGCAAUAUGUCAAUGGGCCAAAGGUGACGAGAUACGCUGGGAUCUGUCCGGAAACACAGCAAAGGUUACUUCUUCUUCUGCCGAUGAAUUUGUGGUCGUGAAUGGAAAGCUACGUGGGUCUGACAGUCAACAGUCAACCUUUUGUGACGCAGGUGACUCUGGUUCGUUCGUACUCGAUGAGUAUGGCAACUUGAACGGAUUACUCUACGGUGGAGUCUUCCUUUAUGUAGGGACUAAUGCACAAGAAUGUUUCGGUGGGUUGACGACGUCUAUGGAUGACGUUAUAGAGUCUAUUCGGCGAAGAAACGGGGAUCAGGUUACCUUGAGUCUUUCCGCAUAA